AUAAACUUUUGUAAACUGUAUGUUAAUACUGAUAGUAAAAGUAAGUCUUGUGUAUUUUUAAAUUAAAACAAAUAGAAGAUUUACCUGAAAAAUUGAUAUGGAUUAUUGUAUACAAUGUGGUGAGGAUUCAAAAUACAAAUGCCCAAUUUGUAGAGAGCCAUAUUGCUCAGUUGCUUGCUGUAAGCUUCACAAAGAGAGCCCAUGCUCGCCACCACCAUCACAAGUCCAAGCUCCAAAAGAAGAAUCUCCUAACACAGAUGAGUUUCCUACAGAUGACACAGUGCCACUUGAAAGGCUGAAGUUACUGGAACAAUCAAGUGAAUUAAGAAAAUGUUUACAAAAUCCACAUGUAAGAGAGAUACUAGAAAUUUUGGAUUCUUCACCACACCCUGACUUACUAAUCAAUCAGUAUAUGCAAGAACCAAUAUUUACAGAAUUUGUUGAUGCUUGUUUAAAUGUUGUUCAAAACAGCAGUAAUGAUGAAUAAACUUGAAUGUUUAAGAUAUAAAAUAAAAGGAAAAUGUAACUGAAUUGUUAACUAAUUAAAAUAUUUUAUUAAAUAAAGUGUGACCAAAAUUA